CUUAGACGAGGGAGAGAAUACGUCAUACUCCUAUAUUGUAUACUGUUCCAUAAGCAAGAGUUGAGAAACAACCCGUUCGACGAUUUUUUUAGUGGAACUAGAUGCCGAAUCAAUUCGAUAUGGAUGGCAAACGGCUCUAUAAGAUUUGGAUUGUCGUUUGCAUGGUGUUCUGCAUGACUUAUACAUCAGUUUCUCGGGAGGCUGGCAGGACAAGGUCUGACCUGUUCGUGAAAGCACCCAGCCGCCGCCUGCUCUCUGCGAACACUCAACAAUACGUGCACCCUACAGAAGGGGGCCCGACAGUGCUGGAGUGUUUAGCGUUCUGCGUACGCCUCCCGGCCUGUGUGGUAGUGGACUAUUCUCCUUUACACGGCACAUGUAGGGCUGACGCUAAUCCCGUGGUGACCGCGUUCUAUGAUGAUACCCGGGACCUCUAUUACGCAUCUGAAAAAGUGACAAGCGUUGAUACCUUUGGAACUCCUAAUCAAUAA